AACAGUGGGUAGUGUUGUGUUAGAGAGUGGUGGUGGCAGCCCUGGAAUGGUGUUCGGCCGCAAGACAAAAGUUGACACCCGCGAGCUGCUGGCCAGCCAAGACCUGAUGGAAACAUCCUUCAAUGGCAAAACAGCUGAUAACGAGGCGUUCCUACAUGUGAGGGACAACAUGGACGGUCUGGACGCCAACGAAACGGACCUGCUGUUCCUGCGCCAGCUGCUGGACAACACCGUGCUGAGAAACCUAGUGCAGGUUCAAGACCAAUUAGAAGUGCCUCAAAAACUUGCGCCUGACCCUGUAGUAGCUGAGAGUGCCUUAUUAGAGACUCACGAUAGGAUAGCAGAAAAGAAAAUUAGUAAACGUCAACUAGAAACUAAGCCAAAAAUCUCUGAACUGAGUACAAACGGGAAGUCAGAAAUGAAUACUCAACCGAUUAGGAUAGUUGGGUUGAGAAAAGUACCAAAAGAGCCAUUGGGGUUCACAGUGCAGGUAGAUGAGAAUGGUAACCUGAUCGUAGCCAGAGUGUUGGCUGGGGGAGUGAUAGAACGACAAGGGCUACUACACCCCGGAGAUGUGAUAUUGGAGGUGAACAAUGUUGCCGUCACCUCGCCCGACGAACUUCAGUUUGAGGUUAUGAAGGCUAAGGAGAAUGUUACACUCAGGAUAGCUCCAAAUCCUGAGAACGCCAAGUCACUGAAAACCCAUCAGUGCUACAUGAGAGCUUUGUUUGAUUAUGAUCCGAAAGAAGACACAUUACUACCUUGUCGUGAAAUCGGACUGGCCUUCCAACAUGGAGACAUUCUACAAAUCAUGAAUACGAAAGACCCCAACUGGUGGCAAGCCAAGAAGGUGGGACAGGACGGCCCCGCAGGUCUGGUGCCUUCACAGGAACUGGAAGAGCGGAGGAAAGCUUUUGUCAAACCAGAGGCGGACUUUGUACACAAGAUCAGCAUUUGCGGAACUAGAAUUUCAAAAAAGAAACGCAAGCAGAUGUACGAGUCUAAAAUGAACAGUGAGUUUGACAAGGCGGAGCUGUUGCUGUAUGAGGAGGUGACAAGGAUGCCGCCAUUCAAGCGGCGAACGCUGGCGCUCGUCGGCACACACGGCGUCGGCCGGCGCACACUCAAGAAUAGACUGAUCAACAGCGACCCGGACAAGUUUGCUGCUGUCAUUCCAAUGACAUCUCGGCCGCAGAGAGAGUUGGAGGAGAACGGAGAGAACUAUUGGUUCAGCGACCGGGAGAGCAUGGAGAGGGAUAUUCGGGAACACAAGUUCCUGGAGUAUGGCGAGCACAACGGACAUCUGUACGGGACCUCUCUGGAUACCAUCCGGGAUGUCAUACGUCAGGGGAAGAUGUGUAUCCUGGAUUGUAGCCCUGCGGCUCUCAAGAUGCUCCACAACUCGUGUGAGUUUAUGCCUUUCGUCAUCUUCAUUGCAGCUCCUGGGAUGGAGUUGCUGAAGCAGUUGUACAAUUUCAACCGAUCGACCGGAACAUCAUCUCGUAAUUUGACUUUUGACAGACAAAGCUCCAUCCGCUACAGUUCAAGAAGAGCUCGAACACUGGAAUCACUUGCAUCGCUGUAUGAGGAAGACGAUCUGCGUCGAACUGUAGAAGAGAGCUGCAGUUUACAGAGGGCCUACGAGAAGUACAUUGACUUGGUGAUCGUCAAUGAGGACUUUGACCAGACUUUCCGAGAAGUGGUUGAAACUCUGGACAAUCUCAGCACCGAACACCAAUGGGUUCCUGUGAAUUGGGUUUACUGAACAGUUUGAACCUUGUGAGUUAUUUAGUACUGAUUUGUUCAAACUCUCAAACCGUCUAAAGAAAUGUAGUUAAUUUUGUACCAUUUUCCAUUAUCAAGAAUCAAUAUUUUUAUUCCAGUAAUAAUAAUAGAGUUAUUAUCAAUCUCUUCAGCUAACAUGCUAUGUUGGAUUGAAAAUUAACAACAUGUUGAAUUUUGUACAUUAAAUUAAAGUGAUAGUUGAUAAGUAUACAAGUUAAGAACCAUCUGUCACACUACAGUAGUACAACUCUGCUAAUCCGUCACCUACAGGUCCAGGACCGUGUAUGGAGCAGUGAAAAGGUUGGACUACCUAUCCAAGGAGUAGCAUGUUCAAGAUUUUUCCGUGAUUGCCAAAAACGAUGUUAAUGUUCCCUAUAUUUAGCCACAAUUGCAGAAAGAGAUGACAAUGUUUGUGUGACCGUGGUGGAAAAAUAACUUUUUCGCUAACUUUAUGGGAGACGGUGAUGAUACGACCAAAAGAAAAUGGUCACGAUAUUACUGCAAUAGCAUUGUAACUGUUAGGCGAUGGCACGGUCGGAUUAAAUGAGGAAUCAAGACUAGCCGAUGUCGGACUAGCAGGGUUUUACUGUAUUAUGAACUUAAUUUUUACUGUUAAAUUGAAUUUCACAUGUAAGUGAUUAUGGAAAAGAAUUUGUGGUAACUGGCCUUCAUACAUUUUUUAGUCACAAAUGAGUAAAAAAAUAUACUUCAUAUGAUUUUUUUUCAAGGAGUUAUUACUGAAUACAGUUCUAAAUAAAAGUGUGAUGUGUCAAACUAAAUUAUAAGGAUAACGCCCUCUGUUUAAAUUACUUCUUUAUAAGCAAUGCAGUAUUUAAUUGAUGGCAAAUCUAAGUGGGUACAAGUUUAACAAAUAUUUCAACAAAUUAAUAAAAUGUGUACUCUUGUAAUCUCUAACAUACAAAAUCUAGUUUAAAGUUGAAAAAUCAUGUUUUAUAAAAAUUCAGUCAAAAUAACAUUGUAGUUCAGUAUACUAUAAAAUAUUCACAUAUUUUAGCUCGGCUAUGAUUCUUUGCCUGUCGCUUAUGUUGUUUGAGUGUCUCACACAUAUUUUGUUUGUUGGUAUUUGUGUGAUAUUCAAAACCGGUUUGUGCUGGGUGAAUUGUGUUCGAUUUUUAAAAGUUUUAAUGUUAUUUAUGCUUUUCAAUAGUCUAAUAAAAAUUACUUUUAAUUCACAUUUUUACCAAUUUUUUUCCGUUUCUUCUGACCAUUUAGCUCUGGCUUUCCAUUUAAGAAUUUUCUUGAAAAUAUGUUUAUCACACAAUGCCUUCUAUUUAUUAUUCUAAGCAACGUAAAUGUUAAAAUUACAAGCUUUUCAAAGCUGUUACAUGUUAUAUUUAUCACCUUAAAUCACAGACUCUAACAUCAUAAAUAGUAUUAUGUGGUCGGACUAGGUAAAAAUAUUGUGUUUAUACUUUUGUAUAAAUUUUAAGUAUGUGUGUUCAGCUAGCUAUUCAGUAAAUUUUAUUUGUAUUUUUCUCAUGUUAGCAUUGUUUAGCAAAUGUAUUGUUAAGUUUUAGUCUAGAAUGCUAUAUGUAUAUUUAUUGCAGCAUUUUGAUAAAUGCUACUUUUUCGCACAUUUUCAGUUAAUAUGUACUGUAAUAUUUAUGUAUGUAAGUAUUGAUUUAUAAUACAAAUACAAUAUUUGUUAAGUUGACUUUAAUGAGAAUGUGUAUAAAGGUUUGAUUAGUCUUUUGAAAGCUAUUUUUGGAGAAUUAAUAGGUCAUCUGUAAAAGAGUCACAGUGCACUUGUUAUUAAUAUUGAUAGUUUUUAGAAAAUAGAUGCUUUUCCAACUUAAUCGGUUUUUGUUUGUUCUGUUCUGUAAACAAAUUUAUUAAUUUCAUCAUUAUCAUUGACUUUCAACUUUAACAAAUAGUUACUAUGUUGUUUGAUUAUUAUUAGGCGCUUUUUCUUCCGUCCUUUAUGAGUGCUUAUUUUUGUUUUAUUUAUAGUAGUUUUCUUUUUGCUUAAAUAUACUUUAUAUUAAGAAUGUAACAUUGAGCACAGGAACUUAAGCUUUUAGAAUUUUAGUGAGGAUGGCAGGCUUACUUGAAUGAGAAAGAGUCCAAACUGGCACAAGAGCAAAAAACUUUAUAACAAAACAAGAUUAUUACACUGUCACUGACAGCAUUAAUUUUCAACAUGGGAAGAGAGAGCUGCAGGCCUUUAGACCCUUUAAGUAAGUGAGCUUUAGGCCCCAUUCAAGUAAGCCUUCCUUAUUUAAGAUAUUUCAAAUCAAGUUAAUGAAUUGAGAAGCUAUUUUACUGUACUGUACAUAAAUUAUGUUUUUUUUAUUGUUAUAGUAUGCCCUUGUCAACAUGUUAGUGCUGGCUCAUUUAUAUCGUACUAUACCAAUGUUUUUAAUAUAAUGUUAACAUUAUGGAAGUAAAGGUUAUUAAAUGUUGCCUGUUUAAAAUGACGUGGUAAAUUGCUAGAUUUUUUAGAAGGAUGAAAACUAUCAACUAAUUACAGGAACAUAUCAGAUUAUUUACUUUUCCUUUUUGUAUGGUAAAAUGUUAAAUUUAAAGUUUUUAACUAUUCAUACAUUUCUUUUCAACCUCUCAAAGUAGAUACGUUUUCUUUUUGAUAAGUAGGCCUACCAUACACUUAAACACUGUAGAUAUAUCAUUAGUGUAUAGUAUUACAUUGUGUUAGAUUUUUCAAGAUAACACUGUUUUAUAAAGAAAAAAUAAAACUCUUUCAAAAUGUAAAAUACCUAUUGUUCACGAGCUUUUGGACUUUGUGUAACGUAUUGUUAUUAACUAUUUUUAUGUACCUUAGAAUUAGAAACUUAGUAUUAUAGUUUUUACAGAUUUACUCCGUCCAAAUGAGUCUCUUUUUACACAGAGAAUCAGCUUAUAUUUUUAAAAUGUAUUGUAACAAUUUUAUUUAUUGUUUUAUAUUUUUAAUAAAGCACUUGAUCACAA